AUGCCGGAGAAGGAUCAAGUGUCCUGGAACAUCUUGGCACAGAGGUAUGCCGCGGAGGGAAAUCUGGCCAUGGUGAGACAUUUCUUCAAGAGAAUGCCGAGGAGAGAUGUGGUUUCAUGGACCGCGAUGCUCGUCACGCACGCGAGGAGCUGGGAGAUCGACAAGGAAAUGUUCUUGUUUGAGAUUAUGCCCGGGAAGGAUGUGAUCGCCUGGAAUAUCAUGAUCGCCGCCAUGCCAGAUCGGGAAAUCUCCACACUGCCAAGAACCUCUUCGACAGCGCUCCAACGCGGGGCCUGGUUUCUUGGAACAUGGCGGUCGAGGCCUACGCCGAGCACAGCUAGCUCCAAGAAGCGAACUCCCUGUUUGCGCCAUGCCUUGCCGCGAUAUCUUCUCCUGGAACGCAAUGCUCCAAGCGUACCUUCGAGCUCUUCUUCGAUCGAAUACCGGAACUGGACGUCGUGGCGUGGAACAGCGCCAUGCAAGGCGCACGCCGAGCGAGGCCUGGUGGACGAAACCUUGCGAUUGUUCCACGCAAUGCCGGCGUGGAGCGUCGUCUCCUGGAUGAUCCUCGUCUCGCGGCGGGCAUUUAAAAGAAGGAAGUAUUUGACGGGGCCAGGGAUCGAAACGUGGUCACCUGGAACGCCAUGCUUGCGUGCUAUGGCAGCGCGCGAAAUAUUCGAUUCCAAGAUAAAAUGGAAUGUCUUGGGCUUUGAUGAUAUAAACGAUAGCUUGGAAGAAGCACAAAAUCUUCUCAAAACCUUGCCCUCAGAGAAACCACUGGCCUGGAACUUGUUCAUGCAGCACAUGCCCAAGUUGGCCAAAUUGAGGAGCGCGAUCCCUGUCAAGGCCAUGGCAGCAGCAUGUUUGCAGUUUGGGCGUCUCGAACGCAAGAUCUUUGAGACAAUGCCGGAGAGGAACACUGUUUCCUGGAACGCAAUGCUUCAUGGCUAUGCCAAAAACGCUCAUGCUGUAGAAGCCUUGGAUCUUUACAAGAGGAUGGCGUGUGCCCGAUGCCAAUUCUCAUCGCCAGGCUUGCUCGCUCCAUCCUUGGUCGCCCCGGCAAGAUCCCAGAGGCCCAAGAGCUGCUCCACAGCCAACCAUGUUGCCUACACUGCUCUUUUAAACUCCUCCAGAAAUGCUGCUCUAGCUUCUUCACUGAGGUCAUCCCCUGUGGAUACCAUGUAUGUUCUGUUGUCCAACUUAGCUGCCCAAAAUGCUACCUUUCACAUUAUUGGCUUUAUAUACCAUGCUUCAGCUAUAAGUUUUACUUCUGUUUUAAGAGAAUACCUCAUGACUUUGAUGAAGCCAUAUGUACCUGCGCAGUAUCCUUAUUUCUCUUUGCUUAUAAAUGUUGCAUUGAGGUUGGACGGAUGCUGA